GUGAGGAGGUCCUCCUCUCAGAAGAGCGCUACACCCGACCCCCCAGACUACCUCUCAGAAGGCGAAUUACACGUCUUUAACAAGAUAAAGGCCGAGCUAGAUCCUGUAAAGCUAAAGGUCCAAGACAUUAGCGGAGGGUGUGGAUCUAUGUUUGCGUUGGAAAUAGAGUCGGCCAAGUUCAAGGGCUUGACGGUGAUCAAGCAGCAUAAACUGGUGAACUCAAUCUUGGCGGAUGAGAUUAAGAGCUGGCAUGGUGUACAACUAAGGACAAGAGCU